AUGGGGGCUGGUAAACAAGCUUUACCAAUUGUGCCAGUCCGAGUCAAGUCAAAGUUGAGUGACAAAUACGUAGAGACUUAUGCUUUCCUCGACUCCGGAAGUAAUGCAACAUUCUGUUUGGAGAACAUUGCCAGAUCAUUGAAAGUAGAAGGAAAGAAAAUGAACCUUGACCUCACAACAAUGGGACAUCAGCAAAUAAAGACUUGUUAUGUCAUUUCCGGCUUAGAGAUAUGUGACAUCAGUGGUAUGAAUGUGUUAGAACUUCCGCCCGUUUACACACAACCUGUGUUACCUGUGUCAAGGACAGAUGUCACUUCACCAGAGGAUAUCAAGAACUAUUCAUACCUCAGUGAUAUUGAACUUCCUGUAAUUGAUGGAGAUGUUGGACUUCUCAUAGGAGUCAAUGUGCCGAAGGCAAUGGAACCUUGGGAAGUUAUACCCAGUAUUGAUAAUGGACCCUUCGCUAUGAAAACCUUGCUAGGCUGGGUAAUAAAUGGACCAUUGGAAAUUCAUUCCAAUACAACAAAUAGAUUUGUAUCUGUUAAUCGCGUCGAUGCGAAACCAAGGAUCCGCUUUGAGGAACAGAUCCGUGAUCAGUUCAACCAUGACUUUAAUGAAAGGACUAUUGAUGAUAAGUGUGAGCCCUCAAAGGAGGAUAGAAGAUUUCUAGAAUGUGUGUCGAACUCGAUUCAUUUCGAAGAUGGACAUUACAUAAUUAGCCUUCCAUUUAAGUCAGACAAUGUGUGUUUACCUAAUAAUAGGAAACAAGUUGAACAAAGACUGACGUCACUUCAGAAACGAUUUAGUCGUGAUGAAAAUUUUCAUGAAGAGUACUGUGUAUUCAUGAAAAAGAUUCUUGAUGAAGGAUAUGCUGUGAAAGUGCCAGAUGAGAAACUUACCCAGGCAGAUGGACGAGUGUGGUAUUUACCUCACCACGGAGUAUACCAUCCUAAGAAAAAGAAGCUGAGAGUUGUAUUCGAUUGUGCAGCUCGAUACCAGGGAAAUUCAUUGAAUGAUCAACUGUUACAAGGACCGAAUCUGACAAAUACUCUGAUUGGGACACUCCUUAGAUUCAGACAAGAAGAAGUUGUGAUUAUGGGAGACAUCGACAGCAUGUUUUAUCAAGUGAGAGUUCCGGACCAGGAUACAAGUUUCCUCAGAUUCCUUUGGUGGGAGGACGGAGAUCCACGUAAACAUGUCAUUGAAUAUCAGAUGAUAGUACACUUAUUUGGUGCGACAUCAUCACCAAGUUGUGCAAACUAUGCAUUGAGGAAAACAGCACAGGAUUACAAAGGACUCUACAACACUGAAGUCAUUAACACUGUUCUCAGAAACUUUUAUGUGGAUGACUGUUUGAAAUCAGUGAAAACUGUGUCUGAUGCAACUUCUCUAUUGUUUGAUGUACAAAAUCUUCUUAUGAAAGGAGGAUUUCAUAUUUCUAAAUGGAUUAGCAAUAGAAGAGAAGUAAUGAACUGCAUUCCAUUUUCUGAGAGAGCUAAGGAGGUUAAAGACUUGGAUUUGGACAAUGACACCCUUCCCAUUGAUCGAGCCCUUGGGAUUCAGUGGUGUGUAGAAAAUGAUGUUUUCCGUUUCAAGAUGGACAUUAAAGACCAACCCUUGACGAGGAGAGGUAUCUUAUCCAUGACGAGCAGUGUAUUCGAUCCGUUAGGAUUUUUGGCCCCAUUCACCCUAAAAGCUAAGUGUUUACUUCAAGAACUCUGUAAACUUCAGCUAGGAUGGGAUGAGAGGAUACCAGAGCAUCUCGCACUACAAUGGAAUGAAUGGAUACAAGAUCUAAAGAAACUCUCUGACUUUAAAGUGAAAAGAUGCUUUAUACCUGUGGAAUUUGGAGAAAUAAAAUCUGCACAGCUACAUCAUUUUGCGGAUGCCAGUGAACGUGGCUAUGGAACCGUGUCGUACUUAAGACUAGAGAACUUUAAUGGUGCAGUGUAUUGUUCUUUCAUUAUUGGCAAGUCUCGUGUUGCCCCACUGAAACAAAUUACCAUUCCUCGACUAGAAUUGACUGCGGCCACUGUUGCAGUUCGUACUGAUAAGAUGUUGAAGUCUGAAUUAGAUGUGUCGAUAGACGAAACUGUGUUUUGGACGGACAGCAUGGCAGUCAUACGGUACAUAAGAAACACCGCAACUAGAUUUCACACUUUCGUUGCAAAUAGACUCGCCUUUAUACAUGAAGGAUCGAAACCCCAAGAAUGGAGGUACAUUAACACUAAACGAAAUCCUGCAGAUGAUGCAUCGAGAGGCAUUUCAGCAGAUGACAUACUGCAUGGACGCUGGAUCCAGGCUCCUGAGUUUCUAUUUACUCCUGUUGAUUGUUGGACGGAGGCACCUGUAGAGGAUUCACACGAAGCACUAGUCAAUGAUCCAGAGGUGAAGGAGGUAUCAGUGAGAGCGUCAAUAGCUGAUGUUUCAAGAGCAGAGACAGGUGUUGAUAAACUUAUAAACUACCAUUCGUCCUGGUUUAUGUUACGAAAAAGUGUCGCAUGGAUAUUGAAGAUACGCAAUGAACUACUGUAUCGUAUUAGACAAAAGAAACCUAGUGUCAACUCUUCAGAAUCGCGAGCCAGAAUGACACAUCUAUCAACACAAGAUUUACAUAAAGCUGAAAUUGCUAUUUUGAAAUUCAUCCAAAGAAAGUCAUUUGCACCAGAAAUUGACGAGCUGAAGAAAGGACAUCAUGUGAAACUAUGCAGCAACAUCAGAAAACUCGACCCUAUUUUAGAUGAUGGACUAAUUCGUGUUGGAGGUCGGUUACACAGAGCCAACAUGCCCUUAGAAACCAAGCAUCCGAUCAUCUUACCUAAGGAUCAUCAUGUGUCAAAUUUGAUAUUAAGACAGAUACAUCAUGAACUGAAACAUAGUGGUAGAAAUCAUAUGCUUUCUAUGUUAAUACAGAAGUAUUGGUUGAUACAUGCACCUUCCUCUAUCAGGAAGUUGAUUUCCAAAUGCGUAGUGUGUCGUCGCAAAAGAUCCAAAGUCGGAGAACAGAAAAUGGCUCAAUUACCAGAGGAUCGCUUAAUACCUGACGAACCACCAUUCACAAGAGUGGGAGUGGAUUAUUUUGGCCCUUUUGAGGUGAAGUUGAAGAGAAGCCACGUCAAACGUUAUGGCGUAAUAUUCACUUGUCUUGCCAGCCGUGCCGUGCAUUUAGAAGUUGCUUCCUCUUUGACUACAGAUUCGUACAUCAACGCUUUGCGUCGUUUCAUUGCACGUAGAGGUCAAGUAAAGAAAAUCCGGUCGGACAAUGGGACAAACUUUGUUGGGGCAGAUCGUGAGUUACGAAACUCAAUUAAAGACUGGAAUGAAUCACAGAUUCACGAAGCAAUGCUACAGAGAAACAUUGAUUGGCAGUUCAAUCCCCCGGCAGGAUCCCAUCACGGAGGCGUUUGGGAGAGGAUCAUCAGGAGUGUCCGAAAAGUGAUGAACAGUGUUCUAAGAGAGCAGAUUUUGGAUGAUGAAGGACUCGGUACACUCAUGUGUGAAAUAGAGUCGAUUCUUAAUGACAGACCUAUUACCAAGAGUUCGGAUCGUUAUGAUGACCUGGAAGUAUUGACACCAAAUCAUCUCUUGUUGAUGAGAAUACAACCGAAUUUACCACCUGGUGUAUUUACCGAAACGGACAACUACUGUAGACGUCGUUGGAGGCAAGUCCAGUAUAUGGCUAAUCUCUUUUGGAAUCGAUGGGUGAAAGAAUAUCUACCGUUACUACAAGAACGUCAAAAGUGGCAUGAGUUGAAGAGAAACCUGAAAGUCGGUGAUGUGGUCUUGGUUGUGGACUCAAACGCUCCUCGUAAUUCGUGGCCCAUGGGAGUGGUUCGUGAGAUUAUUCCUGAUCGUUUUGGAUUGGUACGUCAAGUUAAAGUAAAGACUGCAACAAACGUUUUGACGCGUCCGAUAGAUAAACUCUGUCUUGUUCUGGAGGUGGACGAACCUUGAUUGUGAAAUUAUAUGUAUUUUCAUGUAUUGUUACAAACUUUUGAUUGCUUUUCCAUAUACAUGAUAUGUGUAGCUUAUCGUGGGCAUGUUACAUUUUUGUUUUGUGCCGUCUUACAUUUAACAUACAUUUGAUUGUAUUAUAUUGUUUAUAAUUGUGUCACUUAAUGUUCCACAAUUAGGGGGCUGGAUUGUUACAGCAAAUUUAACAUUGUACGAAACAUUUUUUCCGGAUUUGGUUUUAAUGUUAGAUUUUUCCGGAAUUGGUUCUAAUAUUAUAAUUUUUCCCGCGAGCACGAGAUUUUUCACAACUGUUGAAAUUGUUUACCAGUAUAUUUUCUAGUCACUGUGCUGAUUUAUCAUAUUAUUUCAACUUUUCUACGAGAGAAAACUUCUAAGUUGGUAAGUUAAACAUGAAAUCUAUUUGUAUAUUGUUGCAGAAGAAAUUUUGACGUGCAUUAUUGUUGUAAAUCAUAUGUUUACGAAAGUGUUUACAGUUUACCUGUUAGGUGUAAUUCUUUUUUACGGACAUGUUAGAAAGUUCACAUGAAAGAUUUUUUGAUUUAUGACUAUGUCUA